AUGCUGCGACUCUCGUCUCCGCCCUCGCCUUCUGGCCCCUCGCCUCCCGACCUCUCGCCUCCCCGCUACCAGCGCAUCGAGAGGGGUUAUCAGGCCCUCGAGGAUGCCAGCUGCGCCAGGGUCAAUGCCAGCAUUCCUCCCAUCCCAGGAGCGGACGCGGACGCGUUCAUGGCUGCGUACCGGAGCUUUGCCGGCAACGGCAGCGAGGCGCAUGUGCUCACCCUGGCACAGAGAGUGCUAUCGCAGGCCAAAGUGCGCGCCUUUCUGGCGCUGCCGGAUAGCUUCGUGCCGGGUGGCCUCGAUGCCGCCAUGGUGACGUGCGCAGUGCUCCGCCAAGCCACGCCAAGUGGUCUAGCGAGGUAUGCAGUGCGGGGAGCAAAAGAGGAAACGCUUUUGGGACGACUGCUACUCAGCCCUCGUCUUAUGCGGGACAUGCUCGUCGCGGGCGGCGCAGCAGGAGGCAGGUACGGGCAGGCGAUGGAGAUCUAUACCAAGAUCAUCCAGGAAAGCGAUAGCCUCUCUGCCGAUGGCGAAGCGAGCGGCGCCGAGCCGUUCUGGGACGACCGCUCCCCCUCCAACAUCCUCGGCCGGCUCGCGCUCGGGACGGCGGUGGAGCACGCCCUUCCGAUUCAGCAGCGCUGGGGUGGAGCCACCGUGGACCCCGUCUCGCGCUUCCUGCACUAUGAGCGCGCAUACCUCGCCGGUAACCUCGAUCCCGCCCUCGAGGUGCUCACCGCCUUCGAGUGCCGGUACACGACCGACUCGGACGCCACCGACGAUGACCUGGCGUGGUUUCGAGCGACCGCCGCCAACUUCCGCCCCGACCACAUCGCGACCGCGUACUCGUGGCGCUACGCGCGGACCGUGCGCACAGAUGUAGCGUAUGGCAAGCCGCACUGCCACGCGCACGGCAACAUAUGCACGGGACAUUACGCCGAGAUCCCGGCAGCGGGCGGAGAGUGCGGGCCGCGCGUUUGGGCUACCAACUUGGGGGAGGGCCGCUGCAACUUCAACACGAAUCGGUCCGCCUUUUGCGCGGAGCCGCCGUGCACAGUGCUCGGCGGGACGGGAAGGGAGAUUUGUGCGGUUGUGACGAAAAAGGGUUUAAUAUAA